GUAAUUUACAAAUUUGUGGAUGGGGGACAUCGAUGACAACGAGACGUGAUAGCGGGAAAAGGGGUUUUAAAUUAUGAGUUGUCGUUGGAUGCAAUAGCAAGUGCAGGCGCAUCGAACUUCCAAAUCGGUGCAGCCUGCACUACAUACCAGCGCGGACACACCCAACCCACUCCAAAGGGCCUAAUAAUGACAUGGCGACGCAAUCAGCGAGUUCUUGCGAAUCCUCGUGCCUGGAAGUAUAAGUUAAUGUGGCCAUUAACAACUCGGAUGCUGCCAACGCUCAGCCAGCACUCAAUCCUCGAAGCGACUUCAACUCCAGACUCGUACCCAGUCUGGUUUAACUCUUAACACAAUGUGUUCUCUUCAUGUUGGCGGGAAAUAUUUCGGGCUGAUCGGCAUCACUUUUGUGUUCAUCUCAACCCGUCCAACUACCACAUACAUAAUAUGUUUCCCUUACUGUUUUAUAUAUUGCUUCGCGCACACAGACCCAUGGAAAGUUUCUGGGUAAGUAGCUCGCCCAGAAACCCAUACUGCGCGCGCGAACAUAAUUUGAGGGGAGGUAUCAGCAAUAUUGUCCCUUCUGCACGCAACGACUGGAGUACGUUGCAACGUUUCUGGGAUGUUAUAACGCUUCCGAAAAGGAAACGUUACGACGUUUGACUCUGAGCCAGCGUUGUAAG